CUUUGACAACAUAACUACUCGCGUAAAAAUAGGAUGGGUUAAUUUGUGGCUUUUGAAACGUCCUCGUAAAAGUUGGAUUUAAUGCAGCUUCUCUAGCAUUUCCAAAAAUAGUUUGCCGAAUACAUUUUUUCGGAAAACGAGCGAUUUCUCUUUGGUAUCAUUCAAAAUUAAUACAGAUAUUGGCGAAAAUCAAUAAAGUGUCAAGUACUUUUUCUCAUUGUACAUGUCAAAUUCAUGCGGAGAAGUCUAGUGUCUAGUGUAACUUCGGAAAGGAACCUGAAAAACACACCAAGCAGCAUGUUUCUUUGUUAAAACCACGCGAGAAGCAACCUCAUAUCUACCAAAUGAUACUGGAAUGUUAUAAUAAUUGCAAAACCACAAUAAUGUGUCAACACUUUGUUUUCCAAAUACUUCAACCUUCAAUAUCUAUUAUAAAAUUAUUUAGCAAACGCAUGAACGUUUUUUCAUCGAGAAAAACUGCGUGUAUAAUAUUUCCUAGAAGAAAAGCAUAUUCGAGCCACAAGGUUAUACUUAUCUCUUUUGUGUAUGUUAGUAAUUCUGACGACCUUGAACAGAAUCCUAAGAAAUUUCAACAUUUCUGGUUUAUUUGAGUUUGAAAUUUGUUGUAGAAUUGAACAAAAACCCUGUGGAGGGUUUUUCUGCAGGCCUUAUAGAUGACAAUGACAUAUAUCGAUGGGAAGUGCUCAUCAUAGGACCACCAGAUACACUCUAUGAAGGUGGCUUUUUUAAAUGUCACCUAUAUUUCCCUAAAGAAUAUCCACUUAGGCCACCAAAAAUGAAGUUUGUAACAGAGAUCUGGCAUCCAAAUAUUGAUAAAAAUGGAGAUGUAUGUAUAUCAAUCCUUCACGAGCCGGGAGACGACAAGUUUGGAUAUGAAAAAGCUUCUGAACGGUGGCUGCCCGUGCAUACUGUAGAAACUAUUCUAAUUUCUGUUAUUUCAAUGUUAGCUGAUCCCAACGAUGAAUCGCCCGCCAACGUUGAUGCGGCGAAAGAAUGGAGGGAGUCGUAUUCAGAAUUCAAAAGGAAGGUAGCAAGAUGUGUUCGGAAAUCACAAGAGCAGGAAGAAUGUUAGUAUAGUGAUUGUAUUACAUUUAAAAAACAAAUGAAGGAAAACUAAAACAAUUAAAUAGUCGGUUUGAUUCUCGAAUUGCUAAAACUCGUUUCAAUUGGUUUCGUAUGUCGUUAAUGUAACUUUUUAUACAGUAUAUAUUAUUGCAAUUAUGUAUUUAGUACAAGCCUUGGGAGGAGUUGAGUGUGCAGACGAGGUGUUAAUCUUGCAUUUGUGGAACAAAUGAGAUUUCACUUCACGUUUGUGGGUGCCCCUUAACAUGAAUCUGGGGGUUGCCAGGUGGUAAACUGAUACAAAUCUGCUUAAACAAUUUUUCAUACAAAUUACAAAAACUUUUUAUAGUCCAGGCAAUUUUUUAGUUUUUUCCACAACCUGAUAUAUUGAUUCAUGUUGAUAAAUGUGAGGUUUUCGCCUUGUCUAUUAAGUUUGGUACUCAGUUUUAUGUACUCAUUCCGUACCAGUUCCUGUACUAAAAGGAGUUUUUAUCUGUUCCAGAAUCAAAUCAAGCAACGCGAGAAUUUUUUUUUCAUCCGUCGAUCUCGUAACUCCAAACCUCUGAAAUUAUGCGUUAGCAAUUUGAGGAAAUUUUUAGUUCAAUAAAAAAGUUUGUUUAAUAUUUGCUCUUGCAUUUUUUUGUUUCUGUUGUCUCUUAUUUCUUCUUCGUAUGUUAUAAGUUGCUGCUACUCGAAAUGGGAGUAUUUAUAUUUUAUUCCUAUGAAUGUGUUCUGAUUCAUCGUAAAUCGAAAAAACCCCAGUGACAUUUUGACUGAAUCAGUUGGAACCCAAUAUAGUCCAGUAUACGAGGGUAGGUUGAAAAGUUCUUGACGUGGCAAUGAAAUACUACAAUUUUCAGUUGAAAAAAGUUUCAUUUUUUCAUAAUCCUCUUUGACUCCAAUACGCAUCGUCCAACGUUUCUCCAUCCUUAGGAUUCCUUCUCAGAAAUGUAAGUCUAGAAAGCUGGCAAAAUAUCAGUCAACUUCAUCGGACCUAAAGCGCUUUCCAGAAAGAGAUUUCUUCAAAUCUGCGCCCAUAUAGAAGUCUUGACGGUAUUAAAUCAAGAGACUAGGGAGGGUCGACCAAGUCAUACCCCAAAUCCUUCUCGCAUUGUUGAAAUACCUUUGUGAACAGCUACGUUGUCCCGUUGAAAAAAUGAUCUUCAAGCCAGGCCUCUUCUCACAACUUUUGGCAUCCAGUAAAUCAAGGAAGUUUGAAUAGUUUUCGCCCGUUAUUGUUCUACGCUUUCCAAUGCAUUCAAUUAACAAUCUCUUUCGCAUCUUAAAUCACACUGGCUAAUCGACUUCUCUACUUGGGCGCUGACCCCCCUGUUUCGACUGCUGUUUUCUUUCUGGCGUGGGGGAUGUACGAUAACGUUUAAGUUCAGCUGCAUACUUUUUAACAAUUGACAUCGAAGGAGCAACUUGGAAAAAUGUCCUUAGCACCUCAUACUUUACAAUACAAAACCACACAAGACAUUCACUUCAAAAAUUCAUAUAAACUAGUAUUUCUCAAAAUGGGCGUCAACGCCUCCUUCUGGCGCUGUGCACCUACGGGGGGUUGAAACUGGAAGGCGAUGAAUUGAAGCACUGAGGCAGAUGACCCCCACUCUCUCUUUAGUUUUAAUUUCGGAACCUCCCCGCUCUUCAAUUGUAAGGGCAUGCAUUCGUCCUCAGAAGCUCUGAUGUGGCAGACGAUGCCGCCACCCCCUACCCCCCGCUCUUCAGUUUUCAAUCGCAGAUACCUCCCUCGAGAUGGACACUGCUACCUGAACAAUUUCGGGGGCGCUAGAGAACUAAUGAUUCACAAAGAUGGCAGUAGAUGGAAUAAGCUUAAGAACAUCUGAUUUAGACCAGCCAUUUGAAAAAACAAGUUCUAACUUGUCAAACAAACAAAAUGACAAAUUAUAAAUGUUCGCUUAUUUUCCGUCAUGUUUUUCUCAAGCUGAGAACUUUUCACCUUAUCCUCGUAUUGGAUUGUUGAAUAAGAAAUAAUGUUUUUUACUAUCAUUGAAGUUCAGUGAAGGGAAGUUUGAAGUCGGUUUUUGGACUUUUGAAAGAGUUUUGCCAUCUUAAAUUACAAAAGCCGACAAAAAUGAGCCAACCCUCUUACCCAGAAAUCAAUAUACUUUCCAGGAGAUUUUUGAUGCGCUGAAUCAGAAUCCGUGGUCCAAAUUUCUCAGUUGGCUCUAGUUUCCGAGAUAAACCAACCUGAAGGUGCAAAUAUAGCGAUUUUUGUUUGCGAAUUAUUUUUUUCCAAACCAAACCAUACUAUAGGCGUCAUCGCAGAAUACUAGAAAAAGGGAAAGCCUUUCAAAUACCGUCAGAUAUAGUUAAAAAUCGCAAUUUUUGCACUUUUCGGUUGGUAUAUCUCGGAAACUAGACCCAAUCGAAAUAUUUGGGCCGCGUAUUCGGAUUUCGCACUUCAAAAACCUUCGCGAAAGUAUACUUUUGUUUCUAGGUAAAAAUCUUGUCAGCUUCAAUAAUUACUGACAUACAGGCUACACGGUAAAUAAAUUUAGAUUACAUGAUAAAUACUGACGGAUCACAUGACAUUCGCCUAACAGAAAAAUAGUUUUGACUAUAAACCAAGGUGGCAGAACACCUACUAUGGGUUGAUGAUCAAAAACUUGAAGAUGGGUUUCCCACAUGAUACCUCAAUAAUGAAAAAACAGUUUUUUACUCAAUGACCUGCAAUAACACUCAUAUAAAAGAUAGGUGCUACUAUAAAAAAACUUUCAGAGUUCCACAAAAAGUAAUGGGUGGUUCAUCUAAAUGAGAAAGGGGCACCUUCUUCAAAAGCCUAAAACAAGAAGAUUGUACUUUGUCGAGUUAUUUCAAGAGUACUUCUUAUGAUCUAUAAUAAAGAUAACGCGAUAAAGUUUACUGUACUUACAUUUUAUUCUUUUUAAAAAGGUAUUUCUAAAUGAAUCACCCAGUUACUGCCACCUGCUUUGAGCUUUUUAAACCUUCAGAGAUAUCUUGUACUACAGCUUUUUUAGUAUCAUUCGGUGCCGUAAGUGUGAGAUUCUAAAAAUUCACCAUGCACGUUAAAAACUUGUAUGCCCCACCACAGAAAUUAUUGAUGCAUUUCAUAAUGCGUUCACUGAUCGACAAUGUUACUGGGGUAUUUUAUUGCUUUAAAUAUCUUAAGUGAUGUAAAGUUGAGUGUCGUUGUUUUGUAAUUUCGAGAGUUCAGUCGUACAGUUUCACAUGGUGUAAUGGUUGCUCUUUUUUCUUGUAUUAAUGUAUCAUUCAUCAUUUUUGAAUUAAUUAUGAGUUGUGAGUUAAGGCACAAGACAAGAUUAAAAACGUUGUUCAAAGUGAUUGAAGAGAGGGCUUUGAAAAACAUUAAACCUUUGGUUAUUCCUAAAAAAUAUCGUAUAUUGGAUAUCAGCAAAAUCAUUUGAUCAUGCUUUUUUGGUGAUCAUUUUAAAAAGUUAUUUUGAUAAAUUUUAUCCCGUCUUUCUAAACGUCUUAAAACUUUUUCUGUUAUUACUUUUGUACUUUUACUAUACAACUUGAGACAUAUAAUUGGAAAGUUUCACUAAGUAAGUACAUCAACAAACUUUGACCAAGCAACUAUUUUCAAGUGUUUUUGUCUGACCCCAUACAACAUUGGCAGCUGUUCAAUUGGUAAUUUAAAAUGAGAUUGUCAGAGCCCCAGUAUAAUUGCAGUUUCAUUAUACUACUAAAAUGGCAGUGUUUAUUUAAUUCUAAAAUGAAUUCCUCGGACAUGAAUUCCUAAGAGUCCAGUAAUAGUAUAAGGUCUUAUUAUUUUGCCGCCAUACUAUUUUUUAUGUAAUAUAGCCUUUCAUACUUCAGUGCACAUACUAUCUGUUCAAUAACAUUAUUUCUCUCAUAAAAUUGUAAGCCUUUAUUCAAAGAACCACAUGGUGUUCACAUACAUAGAUAUCGUUUUGUCUUUUUCUUUUAAAAAAACCUGAAAAGUACGUAUUUUUUAAAUUUCGUUUGAUUCGAACACAAAAAAUGAUCUAGUCUUUUUCGAGCUGGAUCUUUUUAUACAAUUUAAUUAUUAUUAUUAUUACUGUAAAAUUGUCUAUUGCCAGCUAUCAAUUUGAAAAUUUAUUUUUUGUAGAAAUAGUUUCACAAUUUUGGGUAAACACUGUCAAACUUUAUUCAUUCAUACCUUCCCUCUUUUUACUCCCCAUCUUCAUCGGACUAUUAUAAAUACUAUUUUGUUUUCUCUUGACAGGACAACUUUCCCAAAACACUGUCCGCUGUUAGUUUACAUUUCCAAGUUGUCGAAAACAUUUACUGUAACUGCUCUAGAUAUGUAAAUUUUACUGUAACGCUAGGUAUGAAUAAUUUAAAUAAAUUUUAUUAAAAAAGA